AUGGGCGCACGCCCAGGGGCAUGGCCGUGGCCACAGCAGGAGUGGCCGGUGCUGGUCGGCGGCAGAGGCCGCGGGCGGGGCCGACGAGGACGACCGCCGAUGCGGCCAAACAGCGGACGGACGGGCGCGGCGCUAGGCAGAGCAGCAGGUGGGCGCGGCGGCCGGAGACAAGGCCAGGGGCGGGAUCACGAUGGACGGUGCGGGGAGGCGGCAGAAGCACCAGGAGGCGGCGACGGCAGCGGCGUCGCGGGAUGCACGGGAGCACGGCCGAAGGCCAACGGCGCGCGCGGCCACCUACGACGCGACAGAGACGAGGGGGAAGGAGGGGGAAUCAGCGGGGGCUCACAGCAGAGCGUAGGGGACGGCAGUGGGCUCGGGGAGACGCGGUAG